GGGAAAUGUGGACGGAAGAGAUUGAAUGUGAAAUAAUUUUGAAGAUUUGCCGGAUUUUCAUCAAACACACACAGUAAACCAGAUUAAAGUGGAUUGUCUGAUGUUGGCUGACUGAUUGUCAUAGAUAGGCCUACUGGUUGUUGUGGUCAAGGGCACACAUGGCCCAUACAGUGCAGGAUCACCAGAGAGCCUUGCCCCCGGCUGCAGUGCUGUCUCUCCCUCCCUCCGGCCAGGCUAAAAGAUUAACAGUGUUGGACACCCUGCUAUGUGGAGCGUUCGCAGGUGCUGUGGCCAAAACUGUCAUAGCUCCUCUGGACAGAACCAAGAUCAUCUUCCAAGUGUCCUCACAAAGAUUCUCUGCUAAGGAAGCCUUCAGACUCAUCUAUUGUACGUACAUGAAAGAUGGCUUCCUCAGCCUGUGGAGGGGCAACUCUGCAACCAUGGUGCGGGUCAUCCCCUACGCUGCCAUCCAGUUCUGCUCCCAUGAUCAGUACAAGGGAAUACUAGGGGAGUACUAUGGCUUCCAGGGAAAAGCCCUGCCUCCUUUUCCACGUUUCCUGGCAGGAUCAUUGGCUGGCACCACGGCGGUCAUGCUCACCUAUCCCCUGGACAUGGUGCGGGCCAGGAUGGCAGUGACGCCCAGGCAAAUGUACAGCAACAUCAUGCACGUGUUUGUGCGCAUCACUCAGGAGGAGGGCAUAAAUACCCUAUACAGAGGCUUCUGCCCGACCAUCUUGGGAGUGAUCCCAUACUCAGGAAUCACCUUCUUCACAUACGAGACCCUCAAGAAACUGCAUGCAGAGAGGACUAAACGGUCCCAGCCGUACUCCUACGAGCGUUUGGCGUUCGGUGCGUGCGCCGGCCUGAUCGGCCAGUCGGCCUCUUACCCGCUGGAUGUGGUUCGCCGACGCAUGCAGACGGCCGGGGUGACGGGCCAACAGUACGGCAGCGUCCUGGGCACCAUGAAGACGAUCGUGGUGCAGGAAGGGGUGGUGCGUGGACUCUACAAGGGCCUCAGUAUGAACUGGAUCAAAGGGCCAAUCGCUGUGGGGGUCAGCUUUACCACCUUUGACCUUAUGCACAACCUCCUGCACAAGAUGCACCAGCUGGGAUACUUCACACACUGAGCCAGCAGGGGGAGCCAGAGGAGAAGCUCACUGUUGGGACUACAGUUGUAGUCAUUUGGUCACAUGGACUAGUAGGGGCGCAACUUUCACUGGGGACGGGGGGGGCCCCACAUUCUGAAAUUGCAUUUUUGUCCCCCCCAGUUUUAUCAUUGGAAUGUGAUACAAAACGAGGCAACGGUGUGCUUUAGGACCAUGCAGACGCCUCCGAGUGGUUUGGUAGGCUGGUUGGAGUGUUUAUCCGAAAGGAUUUUUAAAAAGUAAAAGAUAUAUGUCCCCCCCACUUCUAAAACCAAAGUUGUGCCCCUUGGGACUAGAAUGGCAAUAAUAUACCAGAUCUGUCCACUCACAAUAUGGAUCCUCUGAGUAGGCCUAUGCACUCUACACGUCACAUAGAAAUUCUAAGGAGAGUGUGGUACUGGACAGACAGGAGGAGGCAGAAGCUGUCCCUUUAUUUAAGCGCACAUCCGUAUUAAGCACGCACAGCCAGACCCCCACUCCUGCUUUUGAUGGAUGGGGUGUCUGCACUAGGGCUAAAAUAAGUGUCCUCAAACAGGGUAGAUGUGUGCAGGUGUUUGCAAUAUGAGAGGUAUGACAAUGUGAAUAAUUUUUUGUUUCCAGUCCUGAUCUUUGUUUGAGAUUGGGGUAUUAUGUUGGCAAGGGCACAUUUUAAAGGCCCAAUGCAGCUGUUUUUAUAUCAAUAUCAAAUCAUUUGGGUAACAAUUGAGUACCUUACUGUAAUA